AUGCCACCAAAACCAGCAGGAAAAGCCGUUAAAAAAACACACAAGCCCAAGGUAGCUAAAGGUGAUAAGAAAAGGAAGAGAUCGAGAAAAGAAUCAUAUGGUAUCUACAUUUACAAGGUGUUGAAGCAAGUGCACCCCGACACUGGGAUAUCUAGCAAAGCCAUGUCGAUAAUGAAUUCUUUCGUGAACGAUUUAUUUGAAAGGAUUGCAGCAGAAUCUUCUCGUUUGACGCAUUACAACAAACGUUCAACUAUUUCAAGUCGAGAAAUCCAGACCGCUGUGAGACUAUUAUUACCUGGUGAGCUGGCCAAACAUGCCGUAAGCGAAGGAACUAAAGCUGUGACGAAAUAUACUAGUUCAAAAUAGAUCUAUUUUGUGACUACUAAUACCCAACAGCCCUUUUUAGGGCUACAUAUUUUAUUGAAGCAAAUAGUUUUAUGAUUCAAA